CUCAAAGCAUUAUAAUAGAAAGCCUCACACAUAAAUAGCCCCUCGAUCUUAACCAAAGACUCAACAAGACAAUAAGCUAAGAUAUAGGUGUGUGUUAUUCCUUUAAUUUUCUGCCUCGUAAUCAUGGCUCUACCGGCUCCCACUCCAACCCCAAGUGGCACACGGUUUGCCUCUCCUGUUCCGAUCAUCGGCCCUCAGUAUUGUGCUCGUUACCCGGUAGAUCUUGCAUUUGUCCAAGAGUUCGUCCACGUGUCCAACUUCGGCAAGUACGUUGUCACAGAUGUCAACGGCACCGUCAAAUUCAAAUUCAGAGGACAAAUUGUUCACGUGACUCAACGUCAAGUCCUACUUGAUGUUGCCGGAAAUCCCGUUGUCACUCCUCGACAGGAGUGCAAUGAUAGAUGGCAAGCUUUUAGGGGUGAGAGCCGAGAGAAAAGUGAUCUAAUUUUUAGCGUUAAGCAAACUUCAAUCAUCCAAGGAAGGACCAAGUUACACGUGUUCUUGGCAAAUAACACAAAGGAAGAUGUUUGUGACUUCAAAGUCGAAGGAAGUUGGUCUGAAAGAUCUUGUGUCGUUUAUGCUGGAGAAUCUUCCUCAAUAAUUGCCCAGAUGCAUAAGAAGGAAACUGUCGAAAGUGAAAAGACCGCAAUAACGGACAACUUCAGCGUGACGAUUUCUCCUAACGUUGAUCAUGCGUUCAUAGUUGCGCUUGUAAUGAUUCUUUGUGCAUGGGAUUAACAACGACGACGUUGAAUGAGAUGAUUUCAAAUUGCAAGCAGAAGGAGGUUUUGAUGCAUGUGUUUGGCUUGGUCCACUCUGCUAUGUUCACCACGAUUGCACUAAAUCUAUUUUUACUUAAAUAAUGUGGUUUGUACUUUUUUUUUUUUAAUUUCGAUCAUGUGGUUUGUACUUGGUUGAAUAUCAUAAUAUAUAUGUUAUCUUUCUUUGGUGAAAUAA